AUGACAAAGAAUUCAACACAAUGGACAAAAAAAGUUAUGGAAGAGAAAAUACCACUCCAAAAUGACUAUCCACGUCCGCACUUAAGAAGAAAAUUAUGGUUAAAUUUAAAUGGAAAUUGGUCAUUUACAAUAACAUCUAUCAAUGAAACAUUUCCAAAAAAAUUUGAUCGAUAUAUUCGUGUACCAUUUCCUGUUGAAUCUUAUUUAUCUGGCAUUCAAGAACGUGUUGAUUCAAGCAUGUAUCUAUGGUAUAAAUUAAAAUUUCAAAUAAAAUCUCGAGCAUGGUAUGAUGAUAAUCCUCUUCAGUAUCGUAUAAUAUUACAUUUUGAUAAAGUUGAUUAUGAAACAGUUGUUUAUUUAAAUCGACAUAUAGUUGGUUUAAAACAUUUAGGUGGUUAUGAACCAUUUUCAUAUGAUAUAUCACCAUAUUUCAUUAAUUAUAAAGAUAAUGAAUUAGUUGUACGUGUUUGGGAUCCAUCCGAUGAAUGGUAUCAACCACGUGGGAAACAGAUAUUAGAUAUUAACAAACGAAAACUAAUAUUUUAUACUCCAUGUUCUGGUAUAUGGGGAACAGUUUGGUUAGAACGAGUACCACUUGUUCAUAUUGAUCGUUUACAAUUUCAAACAAGACUAUUAUCAACAGAUGUACUUCUAAAAUAUCGUAUUGAUUUGAAAUCAAUAAUAACAACUUCAAAUGAUUAUCGUUCACCAAAUAAAAAUAUGAAAAUUUAUUCUAAAAAAAACUUUGAUAAACAAAAGAAAUAUCUAUUAUAUGUAAAACGAAAAGAAAUAUUAAAAAAAAAUAAAAUCAAUUAUGAAAAACUUGGCUUUAUAUUAAAAAUAAAUAUUAUACAAAAAAAUAAGAAAUAUUUAAGUGAUUUUAUUUCUUCGAAACCAAAUAUUGAACAAGAAAUUUCAUUUCCUUUAAAAGAUAUUAGUCUUUGGUCACCUGAAAAUCCAUAUUUAUAUGAUAUUCGUAUUGAUUUAUAUCAAAACGAUAUAUUUAUUGAACAUAUUGAUAGUUAUAUCGGUUUUAGACAAAUUUCUCUUUGUUCUGAACCAAAAAGAAUUUGUCUUAAUGAUAAACCAUAUUUUAUGUUUGGAGUACUUGAUCAAGGUUACUGGCCUGAUGGUCUUUAUCGUGCACCAACUGACGAUGCAUAUCGAUAUGAUAUAGAACAAAUAAAAAGUUUAGGUUUUAAUACAAUAAGAAAACAUAUGAAAAGUGAAACAUCACGAUGGUAUUAUUGGUGUGAUGUAUUAGGUAUACUUGUUUGGCAAGAUAUGCCUGCAGGAGAUUCUUAUGAAUGUUAUGAAACUCAACAAGAUGUUAAUAAACAAUUUAAAUUAUUUCGUAAUAAUAGAAAGAAUAAUUUACCAAUGACUCCAAAUACAGAUUAUGAUUUAUUCAUACAUCGAUCAUCGUCUACUAAAAAGACCUUUGAAGCUAAAAUUCAAUUUGAAUAUGAAUUAAAAGCAAUGAUUGAUUUUCUUUCAUUUCAUCCAUCAAUUAUUAUUUGGGUAUUAUUUAAUGAAGGAUGGGGUCAAUAUGAUACAAUACGUUUAGCAACGUGGUUGCAAUCGUAUGAUAGAAAUCGUUUACUUAUUCCUGUUAGUGGAUGGCAUGAUCGAAAAGGUAUUGGACACAUUAGAGAUAUACAUGAUUAUUCAAAAAAAGUUCUAUUACCAUCAUUUAAUGAUGAAAACCGAGCAUUAGUUAUUGGUGAAUGUGGUGGAUUAGGUUUAAUAAAAUCUGGUUGGAGUUAUCAUGCAUAUAAUGAUCGUUAUUUAAUGACAUACGCAUUCGAACAACUUAUAAUUAAUCUUUCAUCACGUUUAUCAGCUGCAAUUUAUACACAAUUAUCUGAUGUUGAAAAUGAAUCAAAUGGAAUUUUUACGUAUAAUCGAGAAGAAAUUAAAUUUCCAACAACACAUAUCAAACGUGUGCUAACAAAUGAUUAUUCACAUUUAUAUAAACUUAAACAUAUUUGGAAUCUUACGUCAAUUCCUUAUACUAAUUAUACAAAAUUGUCCUUAUCAAAAUCACUCGAUCUUAUGAUUGAUAAUAAUUCAACUGAUGAUAUUCAUUUUUAUUUUUAUGUACGUUAUUUAUAUUCUCAAGUGAAUAUAACAAUAGAUCAUCAUCAUCAAAUGAUACUUAAUCAUACUCAUAUUAUAAAAGAUUAUCAUUAUAUACCAUUACCAUCGAAUCUUUUUCGUAAUUCUAUACGUCAAAAACAUUUUCUAGAUAUUCAUGUACAUUAUAUAUCAUCAUUUGAUAAAGGAGAAGACAAAUCUUAUGUAUAUCCUAACAGAACGUCUUUUUAUUUAAAUCUUGUAAUGCUUUUUGCUUAA